GUAGCUUUUGUACCGGGUAGCCGAGCUUUUCGACAUGAAUUUAUGAUGCCAUUUCCAAACAAUUGCAGCGGGCAAACACUCUAUCUCCCACUACAUCUCUUUCUUCCCUUUUUCUUCUUUCUUUUCUGCUACUUUUCUCUCUCUUCACUAUCUCUUCAAUUCUGCAACUCUAGAUUUAACUCAAUUUAGGUUAUCAAAUCUUCCCUAAAACAAUGCAUUGGGACUUAAUCUUAUGGCUAAUUGCCCUAGCCUCCAACAUCGCCCUCCUCAUUCUCCUCAUUUACCAGUUGAUUUGUUUGUCGGAUUUGGAGGCUGAUUAUUUGAAUCCAUAUGAGACGGCAUCGAAUAUCAAUUCUUUGGUUUUACCAGAGUUUGGAUUGCAGGCAGCCUUUUCUGCUCUUUUUCUUGUUACUGGGCAUUUCUUGAUGUUUCUUGUCACUCUUCCUGUUGCCAUUUAUCAUGCUAGAUUGUUUACUAGGGGAGAGCAUCUUGUAGACGUGACAGAGAUUUUCAGAGCACUUAGUGUUGAGAAGAAACACCGGUUGAUCAAGCUAUGUGUUUACCUAUUGUUUUUCUUCUUGGUUAUUUUCAGAUUUCCGGCAGGCUCCUUUUCCAGUUUACCAGUAUUCUCAUCCGAGCAUGGAGACUUAGAUAUCCGUUCCUCUUUUCUUGAAUUCUAGAUAUGAGCUGUUUAACAUUAGCCAAUGUAGAGCUUUGUAAAUUCUAUUGUUUGUCCCAUCCUGAGGAUCUUUUUCAACCUCCCCUCUCUGUUUGUUAGGAACUAUAAGCUACUUUUUUUUUUUUUUUUUGUCAUUUGACUUGUCUAUUGCAAACAAUGGAUGACAAAUAUAUUAGGACACAUUUUUUUUUUUUUUGACUUCUGAAGAUGAUGAUACUGUCAAACUUUGCCUUGUCAUUUUAACUGUGAGCUUAAGUGUGAAAAUCAGUAAAGUGCUAAACAACCUAUCCAGGUCAAGUUAUAUUUAAGAAGGCGGAUCGGUUGCAUUGUUGGUUAAUGCA